AUGUUGUCAAUUUAGAAAGUAAAUAUCGCAACUCUCUACAACAGAAAUGAAGAAUACAAAUCAUGCAAUCGUGAGACCGACAGAGAAGAUGGCUCGAAGAUUCGUAUUGCUAAAUAAUCAUAUUAGAAAAGUUUAAAGAUUUGUUGCAUUAACAUAUUAUACCUAUCAAUGAAUUGGUGCAUUUGGCUUGGUCAGGAGUGCCCAGUGAACUCAGAAGCACAGUUUGGAGACUUUUACUGAAGUAUUAAUCUCCAAAUAGGGAUGCUAAUGUAUUUUGUUAAUCGAUUUAAUUAGUUGGCUAUCAUAGAGAGAAAAAGAAGUAUGUACUUUGAAAUGUGUGAUAUAUACUUUGCGAAAAAUCAAUAGUAUGAUGAAAGAGAGAAGAAAAUCCUAAAAUAAAUUUCUGAAGAUGUGAAACGCACAAUACCAGAUUCUGCAAUAUUUAGAAAUCCUUAAAUUUAAAUUGUGUUGGAAAGGAUCCUCUUCAUUUGGAAUAUACGAAAUCCUGCAUGUGGCUAUGUGCAAGGAAUGAAUGAUAUAGUCAGUCCUUUCUUAAUAGUCUUCUUGUCUGAUUAUAUUGAUAUUGACACAACGAAAUUACAAUUCACUAAUGAGAAACAACUAGAUUGUUUAGACUAAAGAUUAAUUCGAUAAGUUGAAGCAGACUCAUAUUGGUGUCUUUGUAAAUUAUUGGAGAGUGUUCUUGAUAACUAUACGAAUUCAUAACCAGGUUUGGUUCGUUUCUUUAACAAAUUUAAAGAAAUAUUAUCUGCAUUAGAUAAAAAACUUUAUGAACAUCUCACCUCCUCACUAUGUAACACUAUAUUUAAAUGUAGCCAUGGAAUUGUAUUCAUUUAUUUUCAAGUGGAGUACUUGCAUGUUAUUGAGGAUGUUUCAAUUUGAAGUUGGGCUCAGAUUAUUUGACACUUUGUUAGCUGAGGAACAAAGUAAACUAUCAUUUAAUUUAUAGAUUAUUUUGAGUUGUGUCUUUUCAUUAUCAUUUCAAUAUUAAUGAAAUUUUCUCUUAAAAUUUAGAAAUUGUAGUAUGAUGAAAUUAUGAUUCUACUUGAAAAAAUACCUACAAGAGAAUGGUCAGAAUCUGAUUUAAGCCUUUGUUUAUCUGAGGCUUAUGCUUACUAAAAGAUAUUUUCUAAAAAAUGA